AGUUCCUAAUUUGGUAGGUCAUACCCGUCCAAACACCGUCAACCCGCGUUAAGGUGUGCUUAAGGGUAUGAAUAUCGUACACCGUACCCGUACCCGCCAAACCCGUUAGCAUAUAACCGCGGUGUUACCCGCACCCGUGCGUUUCCCUAGAUAUCAUUCGACAUCCCCCUCAGAAUAUUGCACAUAACCUCGUACAGAAAAUGCGUUGCACCCUCCUCGCCGUUGCUGCUGCCUUGACAGUAGCUAUGUCUGUCAGUGGAUGCGUGGACCUGUAUUUGGCUUGCAAUGUUGAUAGCGAUUGUUGCCCUGAUAAUUAUUGUCCCCAAGAUACUGAGGGUAAGGGUACGAUUUGCACUCCCGUGCUAAGAAUUGAGUCGGCAGCCCGAGGGGCACGUCGCGACAUUCAGAGCCAAUCAGUACAAUUGUUUUUUGGAUAUAUUUUCAUGCUGCUGGAGCAACGCAGCUGUUUGGACUUAUCUAAAAAUGAUCAAUGGUACCUAGUAGUCCAAUAAGCUCGAGUUUGUGAUACUGUCGAAAUAAGCGACCAUUGUGCGCAGCUUGAAUCUGUUCAUC